CGGGGGUCCCGAGCCAUGGAGCUGUCCGCGUCCUUGGGGCGCAACCGGGGCGGCGGCGAGGACCUCUACACCAUCCACCCGACGCCCCCGGAGCACCCCGAAGGGCUCGGGGCGCGGUCGCAGCGGCUGCUUUGGCAGGCGGCGGUGCGGCACAUCACGGAGCAGCGCUUUCUGCACGGAGGCUCCGGGAAAGCCUCGGACCCGGGCCGCGGCCGGCAGUCCCGCCGUGCGCCUUCGCCCCGUUGCGCGCAGGGCCCCGGGGAGCGCGCGCCAGACGGCCCGGCCGGGCCCCCGGUGCGCCCGGAGCGCAGCGCCAGCGCCAGCGGGGACCCCGGCUUGCCGCGCCUGGACUGCGCGCCCAGCAACUCGGACUUCUUCCUGCGCGGGGGAGCGAGCUAUCGGGGGGUUCUGUUCCCCACGCUGCGCGCCGCGUUCAAAUCCCGCGACCUGGAGCGCCUCUACCAGCGCUACUUUUUGGCGCAGCGCCGCAAGUCCGAGGUGGUGAUGAACGCGCUGGACGUGCUGACCAAGCUGACCCUGCUCGUGCUGCAUCUGGGCCUGGCCUCGGCGCCCAUGGCCCCCCUCAAGGGCCUGCUGCUGGGCCUCUUCACGGGCGUCGAGGUGGUGGUGUGCGCCCUCGUCGUGGUGCGCAAGGACGCCACCUCGCACGCCUACCUGCAGUACAGCGGGGUGGUCACCUGGGGGGCCAUGACGGCGCAGAUCCUGGCCGCCGGGCUGGGCUACGGGCUGCUGGGCGACGGCGUGGGCUACGUGCUCUUCACCCUCUUCGCCACUUACAGCAUGCUGCCGCUGCCCCUCACCUGGGCCAUCGUGGCCGGCCUGGGCACCUCGCUGCUGCAGGUGGUGCUCCAAGUGGCCGUCCCCAGGCUGGCGGUCAUCUCCAUCAACCAGGUUGUGGCCCAAGCCGUGUUAUUUAUGUGUAUGAACACAGCUGGCAUUUUCAUCAGUUACCUGUCAGAUCGCGCUCAGCGACAAGCCUUCCUGGAAACUAGGAGGUGUGUGGAGGCAAGACUGCGGCUGGAGACAGAAAACCAAAGACAGGAACGACUUGUAUUAUCUGUGCUCCCACGGUUUGUUGUCCUGGAAAUGAUCAAUGACAUGACCAAUGUGGAAGACGAACACCUGCAGCAUCAAUUCCAUCGGAUUUACAUCCAUCGCUAUGAGAAUGUCAGUAUUCUUUUUGCAGAUGUUAAAGGAUUUACCAACCUCUCAACAACUUUGUCUGCUCAAGAACUGGUCAGGAUGCUUAACGAGCUCUUUGCCAGAUUUGAUCGACUGGCACAUGAACAUCACUGUCUUCGUAUUAAGAUACUUGGGGACUGUUACUAUUGUGUUUCUGGACUCCCUGAACCCCGUCAGGACCAUGCUCAUUGUUGUGUCGAAAUGGGCCUUAGCAUGAUCAAAACCAUCAGGUAUGUGCGCUCAAGGACAAAGCAUGAUGUUGACAUGCGGAUUGGAAUUCAUUCAGGCUCUGUACUAUGUGGUGUGUUGGGCCUGCGCAAGUGGCAGUUUGAUGUCUGGUCUUGGGAUGUGGAUAUUGCAAACAAACUUGAAUCUGGAGGAAUUCCAGGGAGGAUUCACAUUUCCAAAGCCACACUGGACUGCCUCAACGGCGACUAUAAUGUGGAAGAGGGUCAUGGUAAAGAGAGAAAUGAAUUUUUGAGGAAACACAAUAUAGAGACAUAUUUAAUAAAGCAGCCUGAGGAGAGUCUGCUGUCCCUACCAGAAGACAUUGUCAAGGAGUCUGUGAGCACCUCAGACAGAAGGAACAGUGGUGCAACGUUCACAGAAGGAUCCUGGAGCCCUGAACUGCCCUUUGAUAACAUUGUGGGAAAACAGAAUACUCUGGCUGCCCUAACAAGAAAUUCAAUAAAUCUACUUCCAAACCAUCUUGCACAAGCUUUGCAUGUCCAGUCUGGGCCUGAGGAAAUUAACAAGAGAAUAGAACAUACCAUCGACUUGCGGAGUGGCGAUAAAUUGAGAAGAGAGCAUAUCAAGCCAUUCUCACUGAUGUUUAAAGACUCCAGCCUUGAGCAUAAGUAUUCCCAAAUGAGGGAUGAAGUAUUUAAGUCAAACCUGGUCUGUGCAUUUAUUGUUCUUCUAUUUAUCACAGCAAUACAAAGUUUACUUCCUUCUUCAAGAGUGAUGCCAAUGGCUGUCCAAUUUUCCAUCCUGAUUAUGCUGCACUCGGCUCUGGUCCUCAUCACUACAGCAGAGGAUUAUAAGUGUUUACCCCUUGUUCUCCGGAAAACUUGCUGUUGGAUAAAUGAGACUUAUUUGGCCAGGAACGUCAUUAUCUUUGCAUCCAUCCUGAUUAAUUUCCUGGGUGCCAUCCUAAAUAUCCUGUGGUGUGAUUUUGACAAGUCGAUACCCUUGAAGAACCUGACUUUCAAUUCCUCAGCUGUGUUUACAGAUAUCUGCUCCUACCCAGAGUAUUUUGUCUUCACCGGGGUGUUGGCCAUGGUAACCUGCGCUGUUUUCCUACGACUGAACUCUGUCCUCAAGCUGGCUGUGCUGCUCAUUAUGAUUGCCAUUUAUGCUCUUCUGACUGAGACCAUCUAUGCAGGGCUUUUUCUGCGCUACGACAAUUUGAACCACAGUGGAGAAGAUUUCCUGGGAACUAAGGAGGCUUCACUUCUACUGAUGGCCAUGUUCCUCCUUGCUGUGUUCUAUCAUGGACAACAGCUAGAGUACACAGCCCGCCUCGACUUCCUUUGGCGAGUACAAGCCAAAGAAGAGAUCAAUGAAAUGAAGGAGCUGAGGGAACACAAUGAAAACAUGCUCCGGAAUAUUUUACCCAGUCAUGUAGCUCGCCAUUUCCUUGAGAAAGAUCGAGACAAUGAGGAGCUGUAUUCUCAGUCCUACGAUGCUGUUGGCGUCAUGUUUGCCUCCAUUCCAGGAUUUGCAGACUUUUACUCUCAGACGGAGAUGAAUAACCAAGGAGUGGAAUGUCUGCGCUUGCUGAAUGAGAUCAUUGCAGAUUUUGAUGAGCUUCUUGGUGAAGACCGCUUUCAAGAUAUUGAAAAGAUUAAAACCAUUGGCAGCACAUAUAUGGCCGUAUCAGGCCUGUCACCUGAAAAACAGCGAUGUGAAGAUAAGUGGGGGCAUUUGUGUGCUUUGGCUGACUUCUCUCUUGCCCUGACUGAAAGUAUUCAGGAGAUCAACAGACAUUCAUUCAAUAAUUUUGAACUUCGAAUUGGCAUCAGUCAUGGCUCAGUAGUAGCUGGUGUUAUCGGUGCUAAGAAACCACAGUAUGACAUCUGGGGCAAAACCGUGAACCUAGCAAGCCGGAUGGACAGCACGGGGGUGAGUGGCAGGAUCCAAGUUCCAGAAGAGACCUAUCUAAUCUUGAAGGACCAGGGCUUUGCCUUUGAUUACCGAGGAGAGAUUUAUGUCAAGGGCAUCAGUGAACAGGAAGGAAAAAUCAAAACAUACUUUCUCCUGGGAAGAGUCCAACCCAACCCGUUCAUCAUGCCCCCAAGAAGACUACCUGGGCAGUACUCCUUGGCUGCAGUUGUCCUGGGCCUUGUGCAGUCCCUCAACAGGCAACGGCAGAAGCAGCUGCUCAAUGAGAACAACAACACAGGGAUCAUCAAGGGUCACUACAACCGGCGGACUUUGUUGACACCUAGUGGGUCAGAACCUGGAGCCCAAGCUGAAGGCACUGACAAGUCCGAUUUGCCAUAAGAAGCAUUCUCUUCACAUUCCUUUUUUUUUUUUGUAUUUCUUUUAUAUAUAAAAAAAAAUAAAUAUACUAAUAAAAAGGUUUAAUUUUUUUUAAAACAAGAA